AUACGAAACAGCUAUGGAAACUUCCGGCAACACAACCCCGCACGUGCAAGUAACUUUUGUCACAAAACAAGCACGAUACUCGGUUCCAGAUUCCCCAUUCUCUGUGCCAACUACUGUUACCACCAAAGAUCUCAGUGGACUGAUUAACAAACUCCUACUUCAUGAUGAUGGCAGUAAUGUUGACUUUGACUUCCUCAUUGAUGGUGAAUUUUUGCGAGUGUCUUUGGGGGAAUAUUUGGAACAGAAAGAGAUCUCAAACACAGAAUCAGUGGUGUGCAUUGAAUAUGUAGAGAGGCAGCCAGCUCCUGAACCUGACAGAUCACUGCUGCAUGAUGAUUGGGUGAGCUGUGUGCAGUCAGCAGCCAAUCACAUUUUGUCUGGUUGCUAUGACAACACAGUACGGCUGUGGAAGAAGGAUGGGACUCCGCUAAUGGCCAUACCUGGCCACACAGACCCUGUCAAAUGCGUCUGCUGGAUAAUGCAAGGAGAAGAGCCAAUCAGCACAUUUGCUAGUGGGUCGCAUGACCAGACGUUACUAAUAUGGCAGUGGCAUCGGGAGAAGAACGAGGUUGACUGUAUGCACAUGUGUCGGGGACAUGCGGGAAGCGUGGAUUGUGUGGCUGCAGACCCGACAAAGACAAGAAUAUGUACAGGGUCUUGGGACAAAAUGUUGAAAAUUUGGUCAGCAAAUAUCAGCCUAGAAGAAGAGUUUGCAGAGCCAGAAAAUCAGUCCCUCAAACGGAAACGUACGGAGGGAGCCAAAGUCCACACAAGGGUUCCUUUGCUCACAUUGUCUGGUCACUCCGAGGGAAUCUCAUCGGUUUGCUGGCUGGAAGUCAACCAAGUGUGCACGGCAUCAUGGGAUCACACCAUCCGAAUGUGGGACAUCGAGAAGGCUAGUCAGAAAUCAUCAUUGCAAGGCUCUAAAGUAUUCCUUGACCUAGCGUAUUCUGACCUGAGCAGGACGUUAGUCACAGCCUCGGCUGACCGCCAUGUGCGACUGUAUGACCCCAGAGUUACUGAUGGGGCCCUUGUCCAGUCAUCUUUCACGUCUCAUAAUGGUUGGGUCUCCAGUGUAGCCUGGUCAUCAACCAAUCAGCACCUGUUUCUGUCAGGAUCAUACGAUAAAGUCAUGAAAUUAUGGGAUACCAGGAGUCCCAAAGCCCCAUUGUACAACCUGACAGGUCACGAUGACAAGAUCCUGGCUGUUGAUUGGUCAAUCCCAGAACUGUUGAUAUCGGCUGCUGCCGACAAUCACAUCAAAAUAUUCCAGUAUCACGACACACAAGCUCCGACGGAUGUCUGAUGAUGACAGAGACAUCUUACGUACAUCUUUGCGUUACAUAUUGUACAUGUGUAAAUGAGAAGUCAGUUAUACCCAUUAUCAAAUAUUAAAAAACAUGGUUAGCCAUGAGCAUAAAUUUUUGAUUUCUGUAUGACUUUGUGUUUAUUUCUCACCAGCCCUACGUGGGAAGGUUUACCAGCAACCUGCACAUGGUCGUGGGUUUCCACCAGGCUCUGCCAA